AUGCGCACCAUCACGUUCGAAUACGCCAAGCACGAGGUGCCUGUUCUGCUUGAUCUCUGUCUACCCGAUGCAGCUUCCUCCGCGCCCCUGCCUAUCUUCGUCUGGUGGCACGGUGGUGGUCUGAUUCAGGGCGCACGACAGGCCAUGGCCCCGCACCUUAAGCGUGCCGUCGACAAGUACAGUAUCGCCGUGGUCUCAAGUGACUACAGGCUGGCCCCACAAGUGCGCGUACCCGACAUUCAGCACGACAUGGAAGACUGUCUUGCCUUUGUCGUCGAUCAGCUUCCACAAGAGCUUGCCGCUAAGGGAGAGACUGUUAAGCUGGACACGGAUCGCAUUGUGCUCAGCGGCUCGAGCGCUGGUGGAUGGCAGUGUUUGAUGGUCGGACUCGGUAUGUGUCCCAACACCAAGCCAGAGCAUUUGGGAAAAGUCAAAGGUAUUGCGGCCAUCUACCCCAUCACCACCAUGGACCACCCUUUCUUCCUCGAAAAGCAGGUUCCAUUCGGAGGCUUUCUCAAAGAUGAUCCCGACACAUUUGCAGAUUUCCGCGACCCCGAUGCACCCGUGACAGCCAACACCGCAGCGGUAGAACACAGAAGGAAGUUUUACAUGCAUGCACAGCAAGAAGCACUUUUUCCUUCGCUUCUCUUCUCACAGGACCAACGCGACCAGGGCUGGCUGCAAAAGACCGACGUCGUCACUUUCCUCAACUCGAGCUCGGAUCAGCAGAGGAAAAACUUUCCGCCAGUGUACAUCGUGCAUGGCGAAAAAGACUCGGCCGUCGACGUGGACCAUGCACGUCGACUCGAAAAGGCUCUCAAGGCGCUGCACAUUCCGGUCAUCUAUGACGAGGUCCCCGGAAGAGAUCAUCUGUGGGACCAACUCGAGCCAGAGGAGAAUUUGGAAGCGUUGUGGAACUUUAGCAUGGAACAGCUUCGCGCUUAG